UGUGUUUCAUAAUUUGGUUAUCAUGUUGAGAGUUUGGGCAACAAAUUUCGUCAGGAGAGGUUCAACAAUUGGCAAAAGGCUUAAAAGUUUCUCAUCCCAGACUUCUGGUGGUAUCUUGGGCAUUCCACCUUUAAAGAUUCAGACUCCCUUUCCACCAGAUAGAGCUGGACGCUUCCCACUGAACUUUGUCACACAGCUGAACGAGACGGCAUCUGGUAUUCAUAACAAAAGUGAAUUAUUUGCAAAGAGCUUUCAUGACCUCUCUAAGGCCGGCCUUAUUUAUGUUGUUAAAAUACAAGACCUUAAAAUCUUUCCUGAAUUCUACAUGAAUUGGAAAACUAAUGACGACAUCUAUAUACAUUGUGAACUGCAUGACUUGGGCAAGACAUCCUUAAACUUACAGUUUGAUACUUAUGAUAAGACCAACAGUAUACUGUUAUGUAGAAACAUGCGCACACUUGUUAUUUGUGAUGUUCAAACAAAACCACACCCUAUUCCCGAGAAUAUGAUCAAAACUUUACAACCUUUUGCCAUGAGCAACGAACGGUAUUUCAUACCUCCCGCUUUCAAGGCUAAAUCAGAGUCACCUUGUAAAGUAAGCAGAAUAGUGCAACCUAGUGAUCUUGAUACUUAUUAUCAUGUUAACCAUUCAAAAUAUUUCGAAUACAUACUUGAUGCGGCUUUGACUGCUGCAAGACAAGGACACUAUUCCUGUCUGAAACAAGAUAUUGCAUUUGCAACAGUGGACCAUGUUAUCCUCAACUAUGCCAGGGAACUUUGCCUGGAUGAACUGGUAAAUAUCGAGACUUGGCAAGACAACGAACAUCCAAUGAAAAUAUGUUUUGAAAUCAGCUCAAAUUCUAAAAUUGCUUUUCAAGGAAGCAUAAUUCUGAAAGAACCACUCUUGAAUUUCAGUGAUGAUAUUAAAAAGAGGUUCCCGAGGGCAAAAGAGUUUUAAAAUGUACAUAACAGUUAUGUAGGUAUUAAUAACUUAAACACAAUGGAAAUUCCUAUUAAAUGUCUAUUUUAUCCUUUAAA